AUCUCUAGAAACUCUAGAGGAGACAGUUUGAUGUGUGAAACAGUAGAUUUACUCCCAUUGCUGUUUAAGAGAAAGAUGUUUCUUUCCUGUGGACGGUCAAACCCCAUAAACAUCUCACUGUUGAAUCCCACAGACGUUUUGAGGCGCUAUACGAUUGUUAGUGUAUUUUAAUCUGCGUUUUAAGUCCUCUGGCUUCAUGUCAAGCAGUAAAGGAGGGACGGCAGCAGUGUUUGGGACACGUGGACAGGCCGCAGAAAGCGAUGUGGCAGAGGCCGGUUUACUUUUGAAAGCAAAAGGGCAGGACUGUGUCUGUGUGUGUGUGUGAACAAAUCUUUCCUUUAAGUUUCAUGUGUUCUCGAAAAAGUGCAGUAAAAUGGUGAGCUAAAAUCGUGGCUGGCAGAGCAGCCCACAAACCUCAGCUCUUUCCUUCACUGCCUGGCUGCCCUCCCAGAGUCUCCGGCUCUAACCUCGAAAAGAAAUUCCCCUGCUCUUUUCUCCAGGGGCGCGGAGGAGACUUCACACACAUGGGGAAUGUAGUCGAAACGCAUGCCACCUAUUUGUCGAUCUUGCAUGAGGGAGCAAAGAUCAGGAGCUGGUGAAAGAACGCUCUGUCUAGAGUUUGACCCAGACUAGGUUUGGUUGUGUAAGGUGGGGGCGAGCCGGGUAGCAGCCGGUGGCGGAGCGGCCAUGGCUUGGGGUUUAGUGUGUGGGGUGGAAGCUCUGCUGCUGUGGAGUGGCACUUUCAUAUGGCAGAUCGUCGUGUGGAUGAUCCGGAGGUGUUACCUGCAGAGGAUGAGGUCAUGUCAGCAGUGCCUACAAACCUGCUUCUACCUGAGCGACGUCUAUCAGAUGACCGAGGGAAGACUCUGCCAGGUGCAGCUCCUGGACGACAGGAAACUGGAGCUCUUGGUUCAGCCAAAGCUGUUGUCCCGUGAACUCUUGGAUUUGGUCUCAUCCCAUUUUAACCUGAAAGAGAAGGAAUACUUUGGGUUCACCUAUGUGGAUGACAUUGGUCAGUGCAAAUGGCUGCAGCUGGACCGCAGAGUGCUGGAACACGACUUCUCCAAGAAAUCCGGGCCUAUUGCGCUUCAGUUCCUGGUGAGGUUCUAUAUUGAGACUAUUUCACUUCUGAAGGAGCACACAACUGUGGAGUUAUUCUUUCUGAAUGCCAAGUCGGCCAUCUAUAAUGGUGACAUUGAGGUGGAGAGCGAGCUGGUUUUUAAAUUAGCUGCUCAUGCACUGCAGGAAUCUAAAGGAGACUAUACAAGUGAUGAAAACACCAGAGCAGAUCUGAAGAAUCUUCCAGCACUGCCCACUAAAGUCCUGCAGGAGCAUCCGUCUCUGGCAUACUGCGAGGAGCGUGUGAUUGAGCACCACAAGCUGUUGAAAGGGCUCUCCAGAGGACAGGCCAUUGUGCAGUAUUUGACCCUGGUGGAGUCACUGCCCACAUACGGAGUGCAUUAUUAUGAAGUGAAGGAUAAGCAAGGAAUUCCGUGGUGGCUGGGUAUCAGCUAUAAAGGCAUAGGACAGUAUGACCAUCAAGAUAAAGUAAAACCUCGAAAGCUCUUCCAGUGGAAGCAGUUGGAGAACUUGUACUUCAGAGAGAAGAAGUUUGCUGUGGAGGUGAAUGACCCUCACAGGCGAACAGUGACUAAACGCACAUUUGGCCAGACAGGGCUGGUGAUCCACACUUGGUAUGCCAGUCACUCAUUGAUCAAAACCAUCUGGGUCAUGGCCAUCAGCCAACACCAGUUCUACCUGAACAGAAAACAGAGCAAAGCAAAAAUCACCACUGCCAGAAGUUUAGGAGACAUCGCGACUGACCUGACAGAGAACGGAGCAUCAAAGAUGAACAAACUGAGUGCAGGGGUGAAAAAUCAGCUCAUCAUGGCCAGUAACGGGAGUCUGGUUUCAACAGGUUCGGCUGACUCUGAAAUGAAUGACGACCAGAAAAAAGAGAAACUUGCGGAGCUGAGAAAGAAAGAGAGAGAGAUCCAGGAUAUGCUAAGCCAAAAACUGACAGAGCUGAAAGAAAUAUGCCUGCGGGAAGCUGAACUUACUGGCAAACUCCCAAAAGAGUAUCCCCACAUCAAAGGAGAAACCCCUCCUCAUGUUCGGAAGAGAGUCGGGACGGCCUUCAAAUUAGAUGACCUUUUCCCAUAUAAUGAGGAUCCAUACCUCAGAAAUUUGGAGAGUCGCUUUGCGUUGCAGCAGAAAAUCGUGGAGGCAGCUAAGAAGCUCGCUGCUGAACCUGACAUCUCUAAAUUAGUAAGGAAAAAAAGGAGGAGGAAUUGUUUGGAUGCCAUGCAAAAGCUGCAGGAGAUCGAAGAUGAAAUGAACCAAUACAGACUGAAGAAAGGUCAAAAACCCACACAGAGAGCUUCUGUGAUCAUAGCCGAUGAACUGGCUCAGUCCGAGUGCAGCUCCCUGUGUGAUAGUCUUCCUCUAGAUGAUGAUGAUGGCCAGAGGCCGCGUUCCCGUUCCGUCCAAUGCUCCCCGUGUCUCAGUCCUCCUCUGUCAUCGUCCGGCCUGGAAUACGACACCGAGAGACGAUCCUCAUCCAGUGACACACACCACGACAGAGCUCUUAACAGAUUAGAUCAUGAGGUCCAAGGACCAGGACAUUAUUACACCCCACGAGAGGUGUUCUCUGCCCAAAGCAGUCCGUGUAAAACUUUACCUAGAAUGCCGAAGGACCCCCGCAGCUUACCCCAAACCCCCGUCAUGCCCCGUAACGCCUACAGCAGCAGCCAACUCAGGUCGGAAGAUUAUAUCCGUGGUUUCCGGCACCGCAGCGGCAGUUUGGAGUCCCAGUCACAACUUCUCCACUCUCACUGCGCAAACAAAUCAGCCUUCCCUCUGUCUCCUUCCCGCCGUAGCAACAGCACUGAGGUGCUGGAAGACUGCUCAUCCUAUACCAGCAUGUCCAGCAUGGACUAUUGCCUCCCCUGCUCAGCCACUCCUCCCUACCGCAUGCUGGACUCGCCAUCCCAUGACUACCGGCUCCACCGCAAAGUGGAGAUCUACGGAAAUACGGGCAGUAUGCCCAACUUGGUCCCUCAAAACUCCAGCUGUUAUGGCCACCAGCAGAAUCACUACAGCCCUACCGCGUACUACAUGACUGGGUAUCCCGGCUUUGAAUAUGAGCCUUGUUCUAAUGGAGCUUACGUUUACGAGAGUGAGCUCGAGGGCCACUAUAACAUCAACCCCACUUACCCAGCACAUGGUUACCAGAGUCGUAGUCGAAACAGGCAUUAUGGAAUAGAGGGGUCAGAUAAUUUGUCACAGAAUCCAUAUGCCACCGUGAGGCCCCCUAGAGGACGACAGGGACCCUUGAACGAGGUGCUGACGAAGAACAUGUACAAGGCUUUGGUGGCGGAGCAUUUGAAAGGAUGGUACAAUCGCAGUGCUGGGCACAGGGAACCAGGUGCCUAUCAGCUGGUAUACACCUACAAAUAUGACAGAGGUUCCCAGCACAGCCUGGGCUAUCAGACGCUGCCUGCACCCUUCACCCACUCCAGCAGAACCAACUCGUUCUCCUCAGUGUCAUCUACUGCCAGUGGAGGGGGAAACUGGCAGAAUCAUGUAGCCGUGGGCCUGACUGAUGGUGACUUGCCAGAUGGUCCCUUGAGUGCUGGGGCUUACAGUCCUUCAUACAGUCGCAGUCCUACACACAACAGGUUCCUGUCAGAAAGUGCCACCUCUCACACAUCAGAGCCGGUAGAGGUAUUUGGAGCCAUGGCCAGCUGUUCUGAUGCAGACCAUUAAAGAGCAAUGAGGACAGGUCAUCCGUCAAACUAUCACCUUUCACUGAUAUGAUUUCAUUUUUUACACGUUAGAGACUGACAUUGACAGCACUGAUUUAAAGCUCUUGUUAUGGCCACUCAAAACCUUGAGCUUUACUUACAGACCAGUGAAACAAGGAAAGAAACUUAUGAUUUUUACAAGAUGACCUCAAUGUCUAAGAUGGGAACUAUUCAUGAAUGAAAUGUCUUUUUGGAGAAAGUCACUUUUAGGAAUAGCUCAUUCAGCAUUUCAGUCCCGUCACAGAGCACACGCCGAUACUGCAGUAACACGACUGCUGUAUUUACCAAUUUCUGGAGGACCAAUAGACAUACCGGCACAACCGAAAGUAGAAAGAAAAACAGAAGCACCUUACGGACAGAUGUGAACAACAUGGACCUAAUUCUCUCCGUGCCUCAGAAUGGGAUGUGUUUCAGAGUGACAGGAGAACCGCUGUGGCCAUGCUAGUGGACAAAUGACCUGUAAGAUGCCCAGGACUGUCAGAGCAUCGGUGUUGUUUACGCUCAUUAGUACUGUGGCGAGAAAAAUAAAACAACCAAACGAGAUAUGCACACUUAUAGUGAAUGUCAUUUCAUACAGGAGUUUCUGAGAGAGUGAAGAAACUAGCCAUAUCUCAUGAGCUUCUGGACCUUUUUUACGUUGUCUCAUGCUGGAGAGUGAUAGAUUUGAACUUCAUUAAUAUUGAAAUCUCAAAACAAAAUAAUGUAAAUAUUAUUAUGACUGAGUGGCUGUUUUUAAAUGGCAUUUUAUUUUUAAUUUAUUGAGCUGUCUGUGCUUGUAGAAGUGCAUAUAUACAUUAUGACUGUGUACCGUUACAUGACAAGUGAGUGGUUUGCUUGCUUGAUACUGUAGAUAUUUUGUUCUGCACAAAUUCUGUUAGAACAGCACUUGAAUGAAGUAAAGCUUGGCAAGUCUCUGGAAAAUACAAACGUUAGUUGUUCUGCUUUAAGAAAAAAAGAAUAAUAAAAAAAAGACGUCAACCCAACAUUUUGAGCCUACAAUCAUACGUUAAGGAUGUUGUCAGUGUUCUUAAAGGAAUGUUCCGGUUCAACAUAGGUUAACCUGUAGGACGGCAUCUGAAAUAUGCUGUUGAUUAGUAGAUCAUUAACUCAUUCCUCUGUGUCAGAACUCUGCGUGUCCAAACACACACAUGUACACAACUGCACUUAUAAUGGAACGCAAGACAUUACAGAGGACACGUAAAGCUUGUACUUUUGUUAAAGCACUUAUUUUAUUUUCUUCCUUACAACAAAAAAGUCUUACUUCGCGCCAUGCCUAACAAUGCCCCUUAGCUGUUAUAAAUUCACUGUAAACAACAGCUUCUUGGGGCUUAUUGCUUUAAUAAACUACAGUAACAUUAACAAAGAUUAAUAAAUACUGUAACAAAUGUAUUGCUCAUUCUUAAUGUUAGUUUAAAGCAAUAAACC